GCCUGCGGUCGCUCGCAAAGGCUCUCUCUUUCCUGAGCUCUCUUUGCACUAUCUCCCCACUCACGCGCGCGCGAGAGCGUAUCGGCCGAGCGCUCCCGUCCUUGUCGCACUCAACACACGAUCGUUCACCUCGUCCUCGCGCGUUCGCGAGAGCGAAUAAUUACUGUGAACAACACCUGUCGGAAAAUUAACAACUCGAAGGACACGCUGGAAAUUUAAGAGAGCGGAUAAGAGUUGCGCUUGUCAACGAAGAUAUCGACGGUGGUAGCGACUCUGCUCGGGAAAACUCUCGCCACUCGAACGAACGCUCGCUCUCAUCUUCGAAAACAAAGGCUCAUUCGUGCAGAUAUGCAUGAUUACAAUGAUUUGAGGUAAACGAGUGUAAAAUGCCGAUUUUAUCGAUUAGCCCGUCAUCAGUGUCGUCGAAGGGAACUCCGACGCCGUCUCGAUUGUAUUUUACGUGCUACGUUCCUCCGACGUUUCCGGAAUAAAUAACAAUUAUUAUUUUAUCCAGUCGAAUCGACAAUUGCAUUAUUAUCAUGAUUAAAAUAAUGAUAAAGUCAUAACGACAGAGCUUUUUACACCGAUGAGACCAUCGGGAUACAUGCGUGCGUGCACCGACGGCCCAAAUAGCAGCCAAUGAAACAGUGCUCGGCUCCCUCCUCGGGAUUUAUCUUCCGGAUCGUACGUAUCAAGAAUUCUUACACAAACCGAAGGCUCCCUUAUCGCGUUUCCUCAAUUUGCCACUUUUUUUAUUUCUGACACAGUGCGUUUCCGAUGUGCGUCGCGCGGACGAAAAAGCUGCCGGGGCAGAGCGGCCGCGAUGGGGGUUACGAGUGCUUUCCUCGCGUGUUACUUUGCCGAAUUUUUUGAGUGGCGCGUUCCAUUACUUUUAGUGGUCCACACCGCGAGUCUGCUCAACUUCCGGAGUGCGCUGGAUCGGCUCGGUGGAAAAGGUAGCGGUUUCGAGCGGUAGAAAAGCUCGGAAGAAAAUCUCCGAGCGCUACGACGAAAUUCGAAUCCUCGAAUAAUCCGUGAACAGCGUGUAUGAUCAGGAGAAAGAGGAUCGCGAGAAGGGAAGUUCCGGAAAGAAUAGCUGCGGUGGGAGAAAGACGGCAAACAAUAAAAAUCGAUCGCCUCGACGAUCGUAAAAAAUAGGAAAAUCGUUGAAAAAAUGUGCCGGCGUAAGGAGGUACGAUCGGAGGAACGUACCUCACCGAUCGACGACGAGGACGACGAGGACGAGUUCCGCAACGUUAAUAACAAAGUCGAUGAUAAUCUUUGGAAAAUCGAGAGACAAUUAUCGUCGAUGAUAAGAUCCCCGAAGUCAUCGGAUCGUUGGCACGCCGAAGAGGACAUCGUACUGAACGAUCAUCGGUGCGCGUUUGCGCAAUCGUCGAUCGUUAAAUUUCGAGCACCGACUCCGUUGACGAGCACGAGACGGCUCGUCGUUGAGUGCGAUUCCCGAAACGUUGAUUUUUCGGAGGGUAGAAAAGAUAUAAUAGUGACGAUAAGCGCGAUCGGCAUCGGCGACGAGACGAGCCGUCGACACGGCCCAAUAGUCGGCGACGGGGUCGACCAACGAAAUGAAAAAGAGACAAAUUUAGUGCCACGUCGAAAUGAAGAAAGUGCAGAUUGUAACGUGCCCUUUAAAUUCACAUCGAUCGAUCAAUCCGUCGGUGAAAACGACGAGGAUCAACUUUUCCCGUAAAAACAGGCACGUUCACCGCGUGAAAGUUUCUGAUCGACUGCAGAGUGAAUUUAAUAAUAAUAAUACUAAUAAUAAUACUAAUAAUAAUAAUAAUAAUAAACGAAAAGAAAAUAAUGACAAGCCACGAAAUUGUGAUUCCUAAUAAUAUUUAAAAAGAACACACCAUCGAGGACGGAUAAAUUCAAGGAUUUCUCAAUUCAUACUCGGUUGAAUAAUAAAUAAAUUUGCCAGUAGUGUGCAACAGAGAGUGUGAUCGGUGUGAAAAAAAAACGAAAAAUAAAGUCAUAUCGGUGCAAAUGCACGUGUGUGCUGCAACGAUUAUUGAACGAAAUCACUUAAAAGAAAGAAAUCAAAAAAUAAAAACAAUCAUUUAGAGUGAUUGACAUUUGUUAAAAAUGGAUAAAACAACCAAGUACACGCUCAUCGAACAAUUGAUAACCAAAAAUUUAAACAAAUGUGUAUUACAUAGUGAAGUUAAUAAUCGAUCGAAUAAACAAUUGAUUAUAAUAACUAGCAAUG